CGUUGUCGUACGGUUGGGCUCACCUCCCGUGACCAAUAUACGAUCGUAUCUCUUGUUUACAUCGAGAAAUUUCGGAUAAAAUAACAAGUUAUUAGUGCCAAAGUUUCUUGAAGCAAGCACCUGGAUAUUCCGAAUCGUAGAAUACUGAGGAGGACGGAAGUGUAGAUAGUGACACCCAUAAAAUCGAAGCGGAUAUGACAGGUGUGAAAGGGCAAGCGGUCUCUAACGAGGGGCUUAUCUUGCCCAGGAAACUUCACAACCCCUGCUUAGAAAAUCAAAACAGAAAAGAACUUCACAGAGAAUUGCUUCUUAAUCAAAAAUUGGGGAAGAAUGUUCUGAAUCAGAAGUCAGAAUUACAAAAGGCAAUGGAGAAACACAAGGAACAAGUUACCAAAAGAGAAAUCGAGGCACAGAGACAAGAAAAUAUGACACCUUUUGAAAAAGUUAUUGAACAACGAGCGAAAAGGCUAGAAAUAAUGGAAAGAGAUGUAAAUGAAAAAGAAAUUUCUCAAAAGGAGCCUGAAUUUCUUCAGAUACAUGCCAAGUUAAGAGCGAGAAUGGAUGCUAAAUGAGCUCCAGAACGAUCUCUUGUACAUUACUUAUUUUUCCUCGUUCCUGCUUCUAACAGGAAACAUGUACAUAUUAUAUGUAUAUUCUCAUAAUUUUUCUUUUUUGUUUGUUGAGCUGUAUUUUUAAGUCCAAAACAUUUAAUGCCUUUGGCAUAUGAAGAAUAGUCUAGCAUGUAAUAUAGUAACAAACAAGCUUUUAGUUUAUAGAGGUAUUUUAAAUGUAUUAAACUUAGCUGAUGUGUAUUAUAUUGAGUCGGCUGUGGAUCUGAGGUAUUUUGUAGCUUGUAUCUAAAAAAAGGUUAAGAAGUUUAAACUGUUUCUUGUUUGUAAAUGUAUUUCAAAAAACGGUAAUAAUGAUGAUUUGUUUCUGAAGUAUGAUGGGCAAAGUCAAAGACCUGACAUAUGUAAAUACUAUGUAAUUACGAAUUGAUAGGAAAUAGAAAUAGAAUGAAUGUUUCCGAAUCUCAUAUAUGUAUUAUACAUGCUUCAACUAAUAUCUUCUGUCUGUAAUUUAAAAUACUUUCUUUGUGUGUGUGCGUG